UUUCUUUUUGGGUAGUAGCACAGAAUUGUUUUGCCUAAAGUAUUACUAAACACACAACAGUAAAAUCAGUCUGUAUAUACAGUAAAGCAUGCUUGUUAUACUCCCUGUGGAACUUAAGGGGUUAAUCCUCUGCAUUGUGUACAAAGGAUGUUUGAUCCUGUCUUCUCUGAUCCUUCCCUUCUUCCACGUGUCCCUCUCUUAUCUCCUGAUAAAACAUAUCAUAUUAAAACACUCUGCACAUGCUCAGUUUGGUGUGUAUUGCUAGAGAGGUGUUUUUUUUUUUUCUUGGGAGAGUGCAU